GCAAUGUUGUACAGAACUAGCAGUGUAUUGCUGCUGUACAACCUGAGAUAUCAAGAAAAGAAACAGAAAGGGGAGAUGCCUAAAUUUAGAAUCCAGACUCUCCCACCGUCAAGAAGAGAGAAGCUGAGGGAGAUAUGGAGAAAUUCUCAAACAAAAUAUAGAAACAAAAGAAGAAAUUUAAAUGCAUUACUCAACAUGACUCCCCCAGAUAACUCCAUCUAUGAUGGAGACAUCCAGGUAGACCCAGAUCAAGUCCCAGGUCCUACAUCACCACCACCAAGCCCACCUACAUCACCACCACCAAGCCCACCUUCAUCACCACCACCAAGCCCACCUUCAUCACCACCACCAAGCCCACCUACAUCACCACCACCAAGCCCACCUUCAUCACCACCACCAAGCCCACCUACAUCACCACCACCAAGCCCACCUACAUCACCACCACCAAGCCCACCUUCAUCACCACCACCAAGCCCACCUUCAUCACCACCACCAAGCCCACCUUCAUCACCACCACCACCAAGCCCACCUACAUCACCACCACCAAGCCCACCUUCAUCACCACCACCAAGCCCACCUACAUCACCACCACCAAGCCCACACACUGAAGAGAUAAAGAAGGGAAAACCAUAUGUGGGACAAAUUGUUGCCAUAAGUAUUGAGGGGCUGCAGGUGAACUGCAUGAAACAACGUGGAGACAAAAAUGGUUUUGUCUGGCCAAAUAGGCGAGACUGCAUUUAUUAUCAAGAUCAGGAAGUUGUUUGUGGCUUAUCACAACCUCAGCAAGGCAGUCGGUUUGCUACUCUCCCCAAAUUUGACUGGCUUAUGUACAAUGGAGUCUAG